AAUUGUCACUUCGCUAAACAUCAUUUUCGUGCAUUUUCCUGUUUUUCUGUAGAAUAUUUUUUUUAGUUUCCCUCGGGAAACAUUUGAUAUAGAAUUAGUUAAUUGCAGUUUCUGUUACUAGAGUUCGAAACAGUGUGUUAAAUAUAAUUUAGAUUAGGUAGAACAAUUUAUUUAGUGCACGCGGAUUCACGCACCAGUCGUCACAAUGGAAAAUCUCAAUGAAAGCAAUAAUAAAAAUGUGUCGUUAAGUUUAAUAGCUGAAUACGGCACCUCGGACUCGGAUUCGGAUGAUACAGAGACUCGGUCUAACAAUACGAACGAUUCAGAUGCCGCAGAACUAAGUGAAAUGGUGUUGAAGAAUAAUAUAAUAAAUGCUUGCGCUCACGGUCCGCUGUCGCGGCCUUCAGCACGCGAGGAGGUAGAGAAGUCCAGGCACAUGAUCAUAGACAGUUCGGAGAGUGGUGUGGUGGAGUAUGAGGUGACGGAAUACCGUGAGGACAGUGAUUCCGAUUCGGAUUCUUCAAGUGAUUCGAGCGACAGUGAUGUUGACUCUGUGAAGGACGUCCUUGAGGAGUUGUCGAGCAGCGAUGAGACAGAAACAGCCCGAGCAGAGAAAGCAGAGCCUCCGCGAGUGCAGGGUGAGCUUGGAUUCGAUGAUCUACCACCAAUUGAAGAUCUGGCCAUCAGCCUGCCGGCCCAGGAGAUGACCAAGAUCGGCACUAUAGCCAGCAUUGUAGACAGAUUAGUACAGGUAACAGAACCCCACUACUGCGUGCGCUUCAACUCGCAAGAACACGUGCGCGAGCGCGGCGUGCAAGCCGGCGCGGACGUGUUCAUCGCGCCAGCCAGCCAACACACCAGCUACGUGUUCCUCGCGGAACUCAUGAAAGUAAAAGGCUCGGACGCGUCCUGGCUAAACGACAUCGAGCCACCGCCUCAUCAAGUAGAAUAUUCAGACGACGAGGAGGAGAGAAGAGCUAAGAAAGCCAGCAAGGAACAGAAACAGAAGCCCGAAGACUCCGACGGAGAGACGUCUAAGCGCAAACCCAGGAACCAAAGACCGUCAGAAUCGAGCAGCCGCUUCGGCAGCGGGCCGUCCCGCGGCCGCAACCCCUUCGCGUCGCGCCGGGCCGCGCCGCACCGCGCCUGGCCCACAGACCGCGCGCCCCCGCCCCCGCCGGACUUCAUGCCUCCCUUCCCGCCCUUCAACCCCGCCGCGCCGCCGCCCUUCAUGCCGCCCGGCUUCAUGUUCGGGGGCGCGCCCCGCAUGGCGCCCGCGCCCCCCGCGCUGCCCCCGUUCCGCCACGCGGUGCUGUUCGGCGCCAGCUUGUGCGGGAACCGGCCGCAGUGGACGACCGGCCCGCCGCCCCCGCCGGGCACCUAGGCGCCCGUCGUGUCUCCGAUUAGUAUAGUUGUACUUCUAAUACAAAGUGUGGUUAUCCAAAAAAAAUCUAUAUUUAUAUGAAAUAAAUAUACUGUGGUAAGGAA